GAAUAAUCGUCAAAAUAGUAAUCGUCAUGCUGGCCAUGCUAGGCUCGAUCGGAAUGACUAUGAUUAUUUUGGCUUGUGCACUUCCAACCUACAACUUGUGGUGGCCAAUAUUUGUUGUGCUUUUCUACAUCAUAUGCCCCUUGCCUACUUUGAUCGCGAAAAGAAGCCAGAACGCGGACGAUGGCGUUCGAGCACCGAAUGCGAUGUUUGCUACCGUAGGAAUCAUUCUCAGCAGUUUCGCUUUGCCGAUCGUUUUAGCGCGUGCCGGUGUGAUUCAAUGGGGUGCCGGAAUACUUACGUUGGCUGGCAAUACCGUGGCGUAUACAACAAUUUUGGCAUAUUACUUUGGAUUCGAAUCUAGCGACUCGGGCAUGUGGUAAAGUGGAGAUAUGCGCUCUAAUCCCAACGUAUCCACAUUUAUUUUAGUUUUUGUGGCAGCAUCAGAAGGCCAUACGCAGUCCCUCGCGUGCAACAUUGUACGCAUUCAUAUAAAAUGCAACGAUUUUUUUUACUAUUCCAAGAGUAUUCUUUCAGAACAAUUUCUUUCGUAUUUCUUUCCUUCGACUUUACAGCGAAAUCCAUAAUUCAUUAGAAUAUAUAAAAAAAAUGUAUGCAUUAUUUAACAAUUCCAUUUAGCAGGAGAAGAAAUUAAUAAACAGCGAAUAUUAGAAUUUAUGUG